AUGGCCAGCCAACUCUCCAAAGCCUUUCUUCCAGCUCCAAAAUUCACAGAAGAAAACGUUCCCGACCUCACAUCAAAAGUUUACAUUGUCACCGGUGCCUCAGCAGGCUUAGGCAAAGAGCUUGCUAGUCUCUUAUAUAGCCGUAACUGCACAGUUUACGUUGUGGCACGUUCAGCAGAGAAAGCAAACACUGCGAUAUCUUGGAUCAAGGAGCGCCACCCAAAUGCAACUGGUCAGCUGCACUUCCUCAAGCUAGACUUCAAUGAUCUACGAGGGAUCAAGUCUUCCACCGAAGAGUUUCUGAAUAGGGAAAGGAGACUGGAUGGCAGCAAGACAGAGCAAGGAUAUGAACUACAAAUCGGCACGAAUUGUCUAGCGCCUUUCUUGUUCACAAAAUUGAUUACGCCGAUACUCGUGCAAACUGCCAAAUCAAGUCCACCUGGUAGUGUCAGAGUGAUUUGGGUGUCCUCGAGCGCAGCAGAGGUCGUUGCACCGUGGGGUGGAGUUGACAUGGACAACCUCGAUUUCAAGAAGGACCAAUCAGCAACAACAAAAUACGCCACUAGUAAAGCGGGCAACGUUUUACAUGCGAUUGAACAUCAGAGAAGAUACAGGAAUGAGGGAGUGGUUAGCACUGCACUUCAUCCAGGCCUCCUCAAAUCUGAUUUGACGCGACAUUCAGGGGCCUUAUUGAGUUUGCUUUCCAGGCCCUUUCAGCAUGCACCAGUAUAUGGUGCCUAUACGGAGCUUUUUGUAGGACUGGCACCUGAAGCAGCGAAUCUCAAGGAAGAGGAUUGGGUCAUCCCCUGGGGGAGAAUCGUAGAGGUCCGGAAGGACCUUGUGACCGAUGGUAAAGCAGGACCUUUUUGGGAGUGGAGCGAGAAGCAGGUAGAGCCAUAUACAUAGGGAUUGAAAGUAAACUACCACGGCUGGGUAUACAUGGCAACGGGUUCUUUUUGUUUUUCAGAUCGAGUACUUUUAGAUUUUCACCCUUUUUCACCAUAUUUUUGUUUGCAAAGUCUAUGUCUAAAGCCAAAGCGAUGCAGCGUUACCUAGUUUAUGCACGCAUUGCCUAGUCGAGCUAUCCAGCAC